AGCAUAAAAAUCAGAAAGCCACUGUCUCAAAACUGACUCCAACUACUCCCCUUGUCUAGCGGCGGAGCCGCAGUAAACACACCCCGAUGUCAGCCAUUCCGCCGUCCCAGCCUCUCCCUUCAUCCUCCUCCAAAACACCCAACAAGUCCCGAAAUCCCAUCUUCAGAAAUAGAAUUCAAUGCGAGCUCAAGAAUUCUUCUCCGCCUCCUCAGAAGUGGACCAUUGACUGCGUAUCUUCCACCGACCCAAUUCACAUCAUCCUCAAACCCCCAAAUUCCACGCCAAUGGCUUUGCCUUUGGAUUCUUCGCUCAAGAAUUCGAAAAGGAUUUGUCUGUUUUACUGCUCCGAAAUGAAGGAUCUCGCCGAAAGAAUUGCUGCCGAGUCCGACGCCAUUGAGCUUCGCAGCAUUAGUUGGAGGACAUUUGAAGAUGGAUUUCCAAACUUAUUUAUAUCCAAUGCUCAAGGAGUUCGGGGACAACAUGUAGCUUUCCUUGCUUCAUUCAGUUCUCCUGGAGUUAUCUUUGAGCAGUUGUCUGUCAUCUAUGCUCUGCCAAAGCUUUUUGUUUCAUCCUUCACACUUGUCCUGCCAUUUUUCCCUACGGGCACUUCUGAGCGGAUGGAGGAUGAAGGAGAUGUUGCCACAGCUUUCACACUUGCCAGGAUCUUGUCAAAUAUUCCAAUAUCUAGAGGGGGACCCACCAGUUUAGUAAUUUUCGAUAUCCAUGCCUUACAGGAAAGAUUCUACUUUGGUGAUAACAUUUUACCGUGCUUUGAAAGUGGUAUACCGCUGCUCUUGCAAAGGCUACAACAGCUCCCUGACUCUGACAAUAUAUCAAUAGCCUUUCCAGAUGAUGGUGCAUGGAAGAGGUUUCACAAACAGCUGCAGCACUUCCCAAUGAUCGUCUGUGCAAAAGUGAGGGAAGGUGAUCAACGAAUUGUAAGACUUAAGGAGGGUGACCCUAAGGGACGUCAUGUCGUGAUAGUGGAUGACCUUGUCCAGUCAGGUGGCACACUGUUAGAGUGUCAGAAAGUGUUGGCCAAACAUGGAGCUGCAAAAAUAAGUGCCUACGUGACACAUGGCAUUUUCCCAAAUAAGUCUUGGGAGCGGUUUAAACAUGACAAAGGAGGGAACCCUGAGAACGGGAUGACUUACUUCUGGAUCACAGACUCAUGCCCAGCAACAGUGAAGCAGGUGAAACAAAAGGCUCCAUUUGAAAUCAUAAGUCUCGCUGCUGCUAUAGCAUCGGCACUCCAGAUUUGAUAGUGAUCCAAAAAGUUUUGUUGUGAAACUAUUCUUGCCUUUUCUUGUUUCUUGGGUUGUAUUUUAUUUGAUCUCCUGUUUUUCUGAAGAGUGAGAAGGCUUAUAGAGUUACUGACGACAGCUAAGGCAGACUAAACUUUCUGUUAUAGAAUAGUGCUCAAAUGUCAUUAGAUGCGUUUGAUUCAUUUGUAGGAUGGUUCUGGAGAUGUUCCUCAAAAUCAAUUUCUUGAAAAUAUUUAAACGGACGCAGGUGCCUUUUUGUUGUGGA